AUGUCUCAUCAGGCUCAAUUGGAUAUUAGAGUCAGCGAAUUGAUGCUCUUGAACUGGCUGGCUAAUGGCUCAAAAACGGCUGUUCUACCCUGGUUGCGACAGCAGCAGCAAGAACGUUUUUACGUGGAUUCUGGACUAUCUGACGAAUCGUUCGAGAACAAUGCUGUUGUUGGCGCACAACCAAAGCUUUUUCUGACGGAAGAUGAGCCGUACGAUGAAGACAACGAUGACCAACAGACGAACACAAAUGAACAGGAUAAGGAGCACUUGUAUAGGAGUAAUCGAAGUUUGAUGCCGGAAUACCAUAGUUUGUGCGAAACAGUGACGCGCAAAGUAGAGCUCAAAGAUGACCCGAAUUACGAGUACCAGCCACCUCACUACCAUGAAGUGUAUUGCAAAAGCUAUUCACUCAUGGAUGACGAACCACUGAAAGCCAUUGUACCUUCAAAACAAAAAUGUGCCCAUCCCAGUUUCCAUUGCGUACAGAGAAGCCGUACACUCUUCAUAGUCAGACGACGUUGGGAUGGUGAUUGCUGGGAGCCUACGACGAAGGUUGUAGCAAGUGGAUGUGAUUGCAUGUGGCCAGUCUCGACUCUUGGUGAUGUCUCCAUCCACUACUGAUCUCCUCACGUACAAUUAAAACACCUAUGCAGUACUAAAACCCGCACUUAGCUUGCAACAAAUGAAAG